GUUGGACACUCCCUUCACUACUAGACGGGAACAGGAUAGUAUUGAUGUGCUUCAUGACAUGGAAGACAGGACCCUGAAGGAAUAUUAUUCUGGUGAAUAGAUGUUAACAUUUUAUUAGAAGUUGACUCUGGAAAGAACGGACUAACGUCUCCCAUCGCACCCUCCAUCUUCCCUCUACCAUGAGUUCCUGGGUUGUGAACAGGAAAGGAGGACUGCAGUACUCCCGCCACUUCCUCACAGACAACAGCAUCUUUCAUGUGGAGCGAUGUAUGAGUGUGAUGCAGUCGGGGACCCAGAUGGUGAAGUUGAAGGCUGGCUCCAAGGGGCUGGUGAGACUGUUCUACCUGGACGAACAUCGCUCCUGUAUCCGAUGGAGACCCUCACGCAAGAGCGAGAAGGCCAAGAUCACCAUUGAUUCGCUGUACAAGGUGACGGAGGGCCGUCAGUCAGACAUCUUCCACCGCCAUGCGGAGAGCAGUUUCGACCCAGCCUGCUGUUUCACCGUUUACCAUGGCAACCACAUGGAGUCACUAGACCUGGUGACCUCUAACCUUGAGGAGGCUCGGACCUGGGUGACAGGACUACGAUACCUGAUGGCUGGCAUCAGUGACGAGGACUCACUGGCCAAACAACAACGCACACACGACCAGUGGAUGAAGCAGACGUUUGAGGAGGCUGAUAAGAACGGGGAUGGUCUGUUGAACAUGGAGGAGAUCUACCAGCUCCUGCACAAGAUGAACGUCAACCUGCCCCGCAGGAAGGUCAAACACAUGUUCCAGGAAGCGGACUCGGACGACCAGCAGGGCACGUUGACGUUUGAGGAGUUCAGCGUGUUCUAUAAGAUGAUGUCACUGCGGCGGGACCUGUAUCUGCUGCUCAUGGGAUACAGCGACAGGAAGGACCACCUGACGGCUGACGAGCUGGCCAACUUCCUGCGCAACGAACAGAAGAUGGUGAAUGUGACUACAGAGUACUGUCUGGAUGUCAUUGAUAAGUUUGAGCUUUCUGAAGAGAACAAACAGAAAGGCAUUCUGGGAAUUGAGGGUUUCACCAGUUUCAUGCGCAGCCCCACCUGUGAUGUGUUUAACCCUCAACACCAUGAGGUGAACCAGGACAUGGAUCGGCCUCUGUGUAACUACUACAUCUCCUCGUCUCAUAACACCUACCUGACAGGAGACCAGCUGCUGUCUCACUCCAAGACAGACAUGUAUGCCUGGGUACUACAGACUGGCUGCCGCUGUGUGGAAGUGGACUGUUGGGAUGGUCCUGAUGGAGAGCCCAUGGUCCAGCAUGGCUACACUCUGACCUCCAAGAUCACCUUCAAGUCUGUCAUAGAGACCAUCGACAAAUACGCCUUCAUCAACAACCAGUACCCAGUGAUCCUGUCCAUAGAGAACCACUGUAAUCAACAACAGAAGAAGAUAGCCCAGCACCUCAGAGAGAUCCUGGGGGACAAGCUGGACCUUGGAGAGGGCUCUCCACAGAGACUCUAAACAACUACCCAGCCCACACUGUCUACAGGGAAGAUCCUCAUCAAGGGGAAGCGUCUCCCUCCGUACCUGUCUGCGGAUGUUGAGGAGGGGGAGGUGUCAGAUGAUGACAGUGCUGAUGAGAUUGAGGACGACUUUAAACUGAAGAACAGCAAUAGUAAUGGUAACCACCAAGUGGAAAGUUACAUCAGGAAGAAGCUGGACUGUCUGUUGAAGGAGUCUCAGAUCGGAGACAAGGAGGACACAGACAGCUUCAGCAUCAGAGCCCUGCUCAGAGCCACACAUGUGGGCCUGCAGAAGAACCUACCG